AUGUUCCUACUAUAUGUUUUGCUAAUCUCUGCGUGCAAAAUUGUCGAAGCAAAAGUUUUCGUUAAUAUUUCUGGAGACAUUAUCUUAGGUGCUCUUUUCCCAAUACACAAAAAAGGUUUGGGUACGGAGAAAUGUGGUAAAAUUCAAAUGGAGGAUGGGAUUCAGCCAUUAGAAGCGAUGAUAUAUACUGUUAGUGAAAUAAAUCGUAAUCCUAAUAUCCUACCAGGAAUAAAUCUCGGCGUACUAGCGUUCGAUUCUUGCGACAAUCCACAUUAUGCCCUCGAGCAAGCAUUACAUUUUAUAAAAGGUUUCAUAGCUCAUGUCAACGAAUAUCACAAAGUAGAAUUUCAAUGCUUGGACGGUAGCGUACCAAAAUUUCUCGGUGGAGAUUUUGAUAAAGUAGUAGCAGUUUUAGCUGCUCAGUCGAGUUCUGUUACGUUACAGGUCGCAUCGAUACUCAGAUUGUUUUCGGUACCACAGAUUUCAUAUAUGGCUACAUCACCUUCACUUAGUAGUAAGGAAAGGUUCUCACACUUUUUCAGAACUGUGCCGAGCGACGUUAAUCAAGCCCAUGCAAUGCUCGAGAUUCUCAAGCAAUUCGAGUGGACAUACGUAUCAAUUGUUUAUUCGGACACGGAGUACGGUAAACACGGAUACGAGACUCUUGUAUCCCUCGCUAAUAAAUACUCGGUUUGCUUUAGCGCUCCCCAGCGCAUUGACAAGGACCGUUUUUUACCCGAAGAUUAUGAUAAUGUGAUUCGAACGAUUACGAAUAAAACAGAAGUUCGUGUGGUCGUACUAUUUGCCGAGAAAGUGGCGACGCUACAUGUGAUGGAAGCUGCACGUCGCCUAGGCGUUGGGAGGCGAUUCGUCUGGAUCGGCAGUGACGCCUGGUCAUCCAGUAAUCACAGUAACAACAUUCUCGAUCCGAGUUUGCGUAAAACUGAGGAGGUCGUUUUAGAAGGCGCCUUGGCUGUGCAACCACUGUCCCGACAAAUGCCCGGCUUCGAUAACUACUUCACAGGAUUAAAUAGCAGCCACGAGGCUGUGAAUCCGUGGUUCCGCGAGUUCUGGACCGAGUAUCAUCGGCCAAAUAUCAACGCUUGCAAGACCAAAACACUUGACAUAGAGGAUGGAUGCUUCAAUGAAGCCAUUCAUAAAAUUACUCGAGAAUCGGGCUACAAGCAGCAGAAAUAUAUACAUUUCGUGCGAGAUGCCGUAUAUUCGGUUGCACACGCUCUUCAUGAUAUGUUCAUCGACAGAUGCGGCAAAGCUUAUAAAGGAAUCUGCAAAGGCAUGCAACAUAUCGAUGGGGAAUCUUUGAUAGAAUACAUAGCUAAUGUAUCGUUUAAAGAUGUUGCUGGUAACAAAUUCAGAUUUAUGAACUCCGUUGAUGGUCCACCGAGAUACUCAAUUUUAAACUAUCAGCAAGAUAGUAACGGAUUAUAUCGGUGGCUAGUUGUUGGAAAUUACACGCAAAACGAAAGCGGCAGCCCCGUGCUUCAACUGGACCAGCAAUUAAUUAAGUACCGAAGUCAAGAGAUAAGUGGACGUCAUUUUUUUCCAAACUCGACGUGUGACUCGCCCUGUCAUAUCAGCCAAGUCAAGGUUCGGGAAAAACAGGACCCCUGCUGCUGGCGUUGCAGAUAUUGUGGUCUCUAUCAAUACAAAUUAGAUGAUUAUAGAUGCGAGGAUUGCGAAUGGGGCAAGCGGCCAACCGAUGAUAAAAUCUCUUGUUCAUCGAUACCCGAGGAGUUUAUUGAUUACACAAGUCCAUGGGCCGUCGCUGCAAUGGCAGUUGCUACGUGCGGAAUUCUCCUAACUAUCUUUGUACUGUGCAUUUUUUGGUUGUACAGCAAAACUCCAAUAAUAAAAGCUUCGGGACGAGAAUUGUCUUCAUUACUACUUCUUGGCACAUUGAUUUCCUUUCUUAUGACCUUUGCCAUUAUUGCGAAACCUAAUACUCAAACUUGCGCCAUAACCAGAUUUGGCAUUGGUCUAUGUUACACUUUGUGCUAUUCGGCCCUUGUUACCAAAACUAACAGAAUUCACCGAAUAUUCAACAAAGUCACUAAUAGCCCGCAUAAGCCAAGGUAUACGAGUCCCGGCUCUCAGUUGAUAAUAACGGGGAUUCUAACGCUCGUUGAAGUUAUAAUAAAUGGCGCGUGGUUGCUGAAGGCGCCACCAGCCGCGACUUACAUUUUUCCAACGAGAGAUACACGACUUAGAAUUUGCCAAGGAUUUAACGAUCGAUCGUACAUUAUUGGUCUCAUCUAUCCAUUCAUUUUGAUUGUCAUUUGCACGGUGUACGCGGUGAAGACACGAAAGUGCCCAGAAGGUUUCAACGAGACCCGUCACAUAGCUUUCACCAACUAUACGACCUUGAUUCUUUGGAUGGCCUUUGUGCCCCUUUACUUGGCUUCCACGAGUAAUGCCAUUCGCGUUGUCACCCUUGCGCUUUCGCUAUCAUUGAGCGCCUUCGCCCAGCUGGCUUGUCUCUUCUUUCCCAAGGUCUACAUUGUUCUCAUAAAGCCCCAAAAGAAUACAAAGGAGCUUGUAAUGGCCUAUCAUCGGAGCUCCUCUUACGUACCAACCUCGGCAACUUCAACCACACCUGUCGUCAUAUUAAAUGGUAAUCCACUUGAUUGCGGAGGGAAAUAGACCGAGCGCUUACAAUUCUUUUACACGCAUCGGCUGAAUCGGAAUUUUAGUCGGAUUAUAUAUUAUAUUA